AUGAGGCGGCUUCUGUCCCAGGCCAUGGUGAUCGACAAUGACAACGAUGAUGCAUAUCCCUGGAGGCCGAAUGUGCACAGGUGUUAUAGACUCCUAAGCCUCAGCCUCUUCCUGCUUCUUUUCCUUCUGGGAAACCACUGGCUCUUUUCGGUUUAUCUGCCUGAUUCUCUUCCCCCUUUCCAGCAGCCUCAGAAUUACUGUGACAAAACCCUGUACCUCUUUGCAGUAGGGGUCCUCGUGCUCAGCCACGCCGUGCUGGGCCUACUGGUCCUGUGCAGCGGUUGUCUACGUGUGGUCCAGGUGAAGAUUUGUUGUCCAUGA